CACCCACAUAUUAUGACCAAUCGGAGCCGAAAGCGGCGCGUUUUGUCUCCUCCCCCCCCAUGACCGCCCCCAGUUUCUUUGAGUGACAGAUGCCAGCGUUGCGAUUGCACGGGACGUUCGGACAGUGACAGGACUGCCGAAGGGUUAUUUAUUUGGUGGCCAGCAUCCUGACAGCAUCUUCCUAGCUGCAGGCAGCAUGCCCCUGGCUCGCAGCCUCUCCGUCACCUCCCUCUCUGGGCUGGACGACUGGGAUGAGGAGUUUGACCAUGAGAAUGCGGUGCUUUUCGAGAUCGCCUGGGAGGUGGCCAACAAAGUGGGUGGCAUCUACACCGUGAUCCAGACCAAGGCCCGCCUGACAGCAGAAGAAUGGGGGGAAAACUACUUCCUGGUUGGACCCUACAUGGAGAGCAAUGUCAGAACCCAGGUGGAGCUGAUUGAGCCAACCAACCCAGCUCUAAAGAAGACCAUCGAUAAGAUGAACACCAGUGGGUGUAAGGUGUACUUCGGACGCUGGCUGAUCGAGGGCGGUCCGUAUGUCGUGUUGAUUGAUGUGGGCUUCACCGCUUGGUCACUGGACCGCUGGAAAAGUGAGCUCUGGGAAAGCUGCAGCAUCGCCGUGCCGUGGUUCGACCGUGAGGCCAACGACGCCGUGCUCUUUGGCUUUCUCACUGCCUGGCUGCUGGGAGAGUUUGCAGCCCAGUGUGAGGAGUCCUCACACGUUGUGGCCCAUUUCCAUGAGUGGCUAGCUGGCCUGGGACUGGUGCUGUGCCGGCAUAGGCAGUUGCCUGUGGCCACCAUAUUCACCACCCACGCAACCCUGCUGGGCCGCUACCUGUGUGCCGGGAACGUGGACUUCUACAACAACCUCAGUGAGUUUAACGUGGAUAAGGAGGCUGGAGACAGGCAGAUAUACCACCGAUACUGUCUAGAGAGAGCCGCGGCCUGCUGUGCCCACAUCUUUACCACCGUGUCCCAGAUCACAGCCAUUGAGGCUGAGUUCCUGCUCAGGAGGAAGCCGGACAUCAUCACUCCAAACGGCCUCAACGUAAAGAAGUUCUCUGCCAUGCACGAGUUCCAGAACCUGCAUGCCCAGAGCAAGGCCCGUAUUCAGGAGUUCAUCCGUGGACAUUUCUAUGGGCACCUGGAUUUUAAUCUAGAUAAGUGUCUGUUCCUCUUCAUUGCUGGGAGGUACGAGUUCUCCAAUAAGGGAGCUGAUAUUUUCCUGGAGUCUCUGGCUCGGCUUAAUUACCUGCUCAGGGUCAACCAUAGUGAAGUGACUGUAGUGGCAUUUUUCAUCAUGCCUGCCAGGACGAAUAACUUCAACGUGGAAACUCUGAAGGGUCAGGCGGUCCGGAAGCAACUGUGGGACACAGCUCACACUGUCAAAGAGAAGUUUGGGAAGAAGCUGUAUGAGUCUCUGCUGGUGGGCCAGUUGCCAGAUGUAUCAAAGAUGCUGGACAAGGAGGAUUUCACCAUGAUGAAGCGAGCCAUCUUCAGCACACAGCGGCAUAGCCAGCCACCAAUCUGCACCCACAACAUGCUGGAUGAUAGCUCAGACCCCAUUCUGACCAGCAUUCGCAGGAUUGGCCUCUUCAACAGCUCCUCUGACCGGGUCAAGGUGAUUUUCCACCCGGAAUUCCUUUCUUCAACCUCUCCAUUGUUGCCCAUGGAUUACGAGGAGUUUGUAAGGGGGUGUCACCUAGGUGUGUUCCCCUCUUACUAUGAGCCCUGGGGCUACACACCAGCGGAAUGCACAGUGAUGGGGAUCCCCUCUGUCUCCACCAACCUCUCUGGUUUUGGCUGUUUCAUGGAGGAGCACAUCGCUGAUCCGUCCGCUUAUGGAAUCUACAUCCUAGACCGGCGGUUCCGCAGUGUGGAUGAAUCCUGUAACCAGCUGACCUCCUUUCUGUACCAGUUCUGCCAGCAAAGCCGGCGGCAGAGAAUCAUCCAGAGGAACCGCACAGAACGUCUGAGUGACCUGCUAGAUUGGAGAUACCUGGGCCGGUACUACGUCAUGGCUCGGCACAUGGCCUUAGCCAAGGCUUUUCCAGACACCUACUGCUAUGAGCCCCAGGAUGCCACUUCUACCCAAGGCUUCCGCUACCCCAGGCCAGCUUCGGUGCCCCCCUCCCCUGCCCUGUCCCGUCACUCUUCCCCCCACCACAGCGAGGCGGAGGAUGACGAGGAGGAGGAGCGGUACGACGAGGACCUCGAGGCUGAAAAAGACCGUCGCAACAUCCGCCACCCACUAUCUUUGUCCUUCCGGAACAAGAGCUCUCUACCAUACCCACUGCUCAAUGGCAAUGGAAGUCUCGCCCCGUCUUCACUGAGCUCUGCCCAAUCUCCAGCGAGCUCCACGCACUCCCCCCCUAGUUCUGUCACCUCACCCCUGAGCUCUAUUUCUAGUGAGAAGAACUGAUUUUGCACCCGUGCAUGCACCCCCACAAACACUCCCUGUCUUCCACACAUAAACACAUGAUGCAUAUGACUGAAAGAACCAGACACACACCAGACAGACUUCAUAUAUAUGAAGACGUGGUACAAUAGAGGAAAUCUGCAGUACGGGAGGUGGAGGUGCAGCUGGGUUCACCUUCUGCGGGGGAAACGCACCCCUGCCCACAAAGCCAGUGCAGAACCUCUAUUCUUUUACUUAAAGAGCUCCAUAGUCAGUUACGUUUGCUGCUGCCCCAGUAGUGCGCCCCGCCGUCCCCACAACCCGAGACAUGACAUGGCGCCAAAUGGCAUGCCGGUCUGAGUAUUGUAUGCAUGUUAGCAAGAUUACCUCAUAUUCCAGGAUGUUUCAGACGAGAUGUAGUAUAAAAUGGGUGGAUUGAUGUCAGUGAGCAUUGUUAUACAUACGGUUUUACCAAUUUGCACUUCUCAGUCAGACGAUCUGCACUUGUCAGUCAGUGGGGAUUUGUUUGUCAUGAACACUUUCUGUGCUAGUGUUGUGUUAUGACUCUCUUUUUCGUUAGAUAACCACCGACUCCUUGUUACUGUUGCCUCGAUGACUGAAAAACACUACAAAAUGAUCAAAUAAGUUGUUUUAUUAAGAUACACUGUGACAGACAAAUUCUUCCUGAAACAAAUGUCAUGCAGCUUCUUCAAAACUCCAUUUGUAUGCGAGGCCUAAUUUCAGAAAGCGUGGUUCACAGCCAGCGGCUCCAGCUCGCUCAGCACAGGCAGACUCCGGCUCUCUGGCCUUUACAUGCUGCAGUGUGGAGAGGAGAUGCAGGUUGGCACACAGAUGGCCCUGCCCCUGACGGAUGGCCCUGCCCCUG